CUGAAAGGAACGACCUACUCUAUGGUGAGCACCACUCUUGGCUUUAAGAAUCCACACGUGAUAGAAAAGCAUGACAGCUGCUGUAAAGGUAGCUUAAGCCAGGAUUGGGCAAUCUUCCUGCCUCAGACAGUGGUGGGCCUGAGUGGAUCCUGUGUGGUGAUCCCUUGCAGUUUCACCCUGCCCUCAGACUACGAACAGCACCUGGAUGGUUCAUGUAGAGCCAUAUGGAAAAGAGGCAGAUGGGGCCGAACGCAGGUGUUCGAUUCCAGCCUCACUGGAGAGCGCAUGAGCUUGAACCUCUUGCAGGGAAACCUGAUUGGGGACCUGCACAAUAAAGACUGCACCACCAUCUUCAACAACCUCCCAUCAAACCAUUAUGGCAGCUACGACUUCAGACUGGAGUGUGACAACGCUCUGAAAUAUAACUUUAAAACAAAUGUUUGGAUCUCCACUCAAGAUUCCCUCCCUAGACCUACAAUUACUCCAUCCAGGCUGGAGGUCGAAGAAGGGACUCCAGUGACACUGAACUGCUCAGCUGCUGCUCCCUGUCCCAUUCUUCUCCCAGUUUUCACCUGGACGCCCAAAAUAGGUGACGUAGAGGAGGACAUGGAGGCAAAACCUGUGACUUCGGUUAUGAGCUUUAAUGCCUCCUACCUUCACAAUGGGCAGACGUUCGUUUGCACCAUUCUCUACAACCGACAAGCUGGGAACAGUGAUGUUAUUUAUGAACAGAGUUUGACCCUGAGUGUUUUUUAUCCUCCAAACAACACAACAGUCAGUUACUCUGGUCCCGUCAGAGAGGGCAGCGUGGUGACUCUGACCUGCAACACUAAUUCAAAUCCAGCUGCGGACAGCUUUACCUGGUACAAAGUCAAUGAGCAUCAAGUGGAGGCAGUGGGGUCUUAUCAGAGGCUUUCAACUACAGUCACAGAAGUUGACAGACAGUUUUUCUGCAGAGUCAGCAACAAAUACGGAGGCCAGAACUCUUCCAUUGCUGAUAUAGAUGUUCAGUUUCCUCCAAAGGAUACAAUAGUAAUUAUGGACCCCGCUGGUCCUGUCCUGGAGGGGAGCUCAGUUUCUCUGCUCUGUAGUAGCCGUUCAAACCCACCAGUGACCAACUUCACCUGGUACAGGAACAGUGAAUUGGACCAGGAGACCGGACCAGUCUUGGGUAUUGAUGUUGUGGACCUCGACCAUAGCGGCGACUAUCAGUGUGCGGCAAAAAAUGACCUGGGAGAAGAAACAUCCACAAAGCUUGAGCUGGACGUUCAGUUUCCCCCCAAGAACACCUCGCUGUCAGCUGACCCCUCUGGUCCAGUUCCGGAAGGCACAUUGGUUACUCUGACCUGUACAAGCUUUGCCAAUCCGGCAGAAGUAAACUUCACCUGGUUUCGAGCGUCUGGAGGAGAAAAAGAGCCGGUUGGCUCUGAGCCAGACUUCACCUUCAAUGUGACCAAACUCACAGAGGAUCAAUAUUACUGUGAGGCUCUGAAUGUCCACGGGGCCGAUUCCUCCGAACCUGCAACCGUUGAUGUCACAUUUCCUGCAGAAAUCCUGUCCUCGUCCCGCUGCGUCAGAAUUUUAUCCCAGUUUCGAUGUUCCUGCAACAGCCAGGGGAACCCGCUUCCCUCCCUGGUUUGGGAAUUGGCCGGGGAACCCGUCAAUCACUCUGCAGACAUCCCAAUCCGAGAGAUAACCCUCGGGAGUGGAACUAUUAAGAGCGUCAUCACCCUUUAUCGCCGGGAAGAGGACGUUCCUUCUCUGAUGUGUCUCAGCAGCAACUCACUGGGCUCUGAUAGUUUAGCAUUCAAUGUGUCGUCCAGUGAAACCCCGCUAGGCCUACAUCUUUUAUCUCUUCUGAUCGGCUCUGCAGUCGGGGCAUUCGGGAUGUUCCUGGUGUGCCUCCCACUGCUUAUAUGCUGCUGCAGGAAAAGACAAAGGAACCUUCCGUCGGACAAGGAACAGACGGGAACUUCACACCACGUAGUAACCGAUGAGACCAACUCUGUACCUUUAAGUGUGGUUUUCGCCAAUAAGGCCAUUGAGGGGGAGGACGGAGAAAGCACAGAAGAUAAUCUCCACUAUGCCAAUGUCGACUUUGCUAAACUCCAGGCCAGACCACUGGAUGAUAUUGGGGAAGGUGAGAUUAGAGGACUUGCUUCCAAGACUGCCGUGUAUGCCAAAAUCUGCCUGCAGUGCACAGAAAGCACUGAGGGGGAAUGCAAUGGAGGGAAAAAAACUUGUUGA